AUGGCCACGCCCGCUCGACCUCCUCCCUCCCCGGCUAUUCUCCUCGUAUACCCUGCGACAUUGCUAUUAGGGUCAUUAUUCUCUGCCAUCUCGCCAACCGCUCGAUCAUCUAGAUCUCAAUCCACCUCACCGGCUAGUCCUCUGGCCCCCUCUCUCGCAGCCAACCUGCAUAUCUCCGAGAGUCCGGUCAACUAUUUCGCUCGGAAAAACAACAUUUUCAAUCUCUACUUUGUAAAGAUCGGAUGGCUGUGGACAACUGUCGCUUUCGCCUCGCUCCUCCUCGCACAACCUGCCUACCGAUUCUAUUCCUCACUCUCCCCGCACAACAACAAACGCGAAUUCGACGGUUCCUCCAGGCCUUUUUACGAUAUGUCCUCGCAACGACUGUCUGGAAAGGCAAGCCCAUAUUUGAGCCCGCCUAGUAAGCUGGAGUCCUUAUUGUCUGCUACGACCUGCAAAGCUGCUGGAGGAGCUUGGAGAGGUGGACAUGAUAUAAGUGGACAUGUCUUUAUGUUAGUAUUGACAACAGCAAUGCUUGCUUUCGAAGCGAUCGGCGUGGGAGCCUUCUCCUUCGGUUCGCGUGUUGAAGGGGAUUGUGCGCGCGAGAGGAAGGCGAGCGAUCCUAAUCAUGAUGCUGUUCGAAGUAUCGAUCAAGAUGAAGGCUCUGGCUUGGCCGUCACAUGGUCAUUACGCUUGGUCUGGGGUGUUGUGGGCUUGGGUUGGUGGAUGCUUUUUAUGACCGCAAUUUGGUUCCACACAUGGCUGGAGAAGUGGUCUGGCUUAUUUGUUGCGAUGAGCACCAUAUAUGCCAUUUACAUACUGCCGAGGAAACUUCCUGCUUGGAGAGACAUUGUUGGCAUACCAGGGGCCUGA